AUGAACAAGAAAAUAGAAUUCAAAAAACGUAUCACUUUGAUACUAAUAACAAUCGAAGCUCUAGACUUAUAUAUUGUAGAUAAUAUUCAGAGAGAAUUGUAUAUAAAUAAAUACAAUUUUCUCUUGAAUACAUUAAUCAAAUAUAAUAGUAAUUAUAAUUCUCAAAUACAACUUAAACGCUAUAUUCAAAUAAUACAUCUAUUGUAUAUCUUAAUAACUCAAUCUUACUUAUAUAAUCUUAUUUUAGAAUUACUAUAUGAUAUUUGCAAUAAAACACAUUCACAGUUAACAUUACAAUAUAUGCAAAGAUUCAAAUAUAUUUAUAAUCAAAAUCAAGACUAUUAUAAUACUUACAGUAAAGAUAACAAAUUACAGGUAUGUAAUAUCGCUAUUUAUAAUCUAUACACUAUCAAUAAAAUCAAUAAUAUAUAUGGUCUUUACUACUUAAUUAAAUAUCUACAUAAUGAAAUUUAG